AUGGCCGCCGAGAACGAGGAACUGAUAGAGUUGCGACACACCCUGGCCAUCCUGCAUCAGAACCAGAGGAAGACUGAUCGUUUUGACACCAGUAACGACACCAGGUCCCCUCCAUCCCUGGGUCACAUUAUACAAGUGGGGCAUGUGAACCAGGCCGAGGAAGUGAAUGAGGAGGAAAGCACAGAAUAUGGGAUACAAGACCCCCCACGCAUGUUAUACCUAAGUGAUGACAUACCUGAGGAAGAACCAUCCCACGUCUACUGGCUGAGAUUACUGGACAGUGAUCCGGACACCCCACGUGUGUGUAAACAAUUCCAGGACUGGAAACCAUGGAUACAGACUCUAAACGCUUACUAUCCACCCGAUGACCCCCCACACCUCACAAUGAACUACUGUGAGAACAAAGAUGAAAUAUACGACGAAGCAUGGCAUGAAAGUAUGGUGGACCGAAGACCACUGGUAACAUGCAAACACAUCUUUGUCCUCAAGGAAGGGGUUGCCGCAAACUGUAUGGCGAUGGACGGGGACAUAGAUCUUUUGGAAAACUGGUAUACUAUGUCAUCUGAUUCAGCUCCCCAUGUUACCCUUAUGAUUGGUUUUGGGUAUGAGGCUCGAUCUCUCGGSCCGGCUGUAAGAGCGGCAGACAAACUCAUCUGGACARGGACACAUAUCCCUGACCUUGAUACCUCUUCCCUGAAGGGUGAAACCGUCUGGAGGAUCAGGGUGAGUACUGAGGACACCUCCAUUCCAGAGGUAGUUCGGAGACCCAGACACCAUGGAAGAGAAAUGACAGACCACCCUGACGCUGACAACAUGCUGACCCGUAUUCCAUCACAACUAUGGACUACCAGCCCUGAGGAUGUGGGCCUGGUGGACGUUUCCCCUGUCYAAAUCCAGUUAAAACCAGAUGCACAAAUCCCUGUUUACAAACGCCAAUAUCCAUUGAGUAAAGAAAAAGUAGAGGGUAUUGCCCCUACCAUCWUUGGACUCACUCGGGGUGAGGUURUGUUCCCUACUGUAUCCACUUGGAACACUCCCAUUCUCCCAGUUAAGAAAGGUGACACAGGGAAGUGGAGAUUGGUGCAAGAUUUCAGACCAAUUAAUGAUGUCACCAUACCAGAUGUUCACCCUGUCCCUGACCCAUACUUGGCUCUACAAAACAUCUCACCAACCCAAGACUGGUUCUCUGUAAUUGAUCUAGCAAAUGCCUUUUUCUGCAUCCCACUCCAUGAGAAUUCCCAACCACUGUUUGCUUUCACAUUCCAAGAUCAAUGCUACACUUACUCUCGUCUGCCACAAGGCUACCGUGACUCCCCCGGAAUCUUCAAUUCUAUUCUGAAGGACCAUCUGGAGGACUUGGCCCUACCUGAGGGUGUGACACUGCUCCAGUAUGUUGACGAUCUUCUUCUGGCUGCUCCCACUGCCGAAUCCUGUCUUCAGGCAACCGAACUAUUGCUACAACACGUUGCCACCAAAGGCUACAAGGUUAAGAGAGAGAAAGUACAGUGCUGUAGAAAAACCGUUCAGUUCUUGGGAAGAGUUUUGUCUGGACAAGGACAGGCGGUGUCCGCAGCCCAAAGAACACCAUUCUGGAACACCCAAACCCACCACGGUACAACACUGUUGUCCUUUCUUGGCCUGACUGGCUAUAGCAGGACCCAUGUCCCAGAAUACUGCAUAAAAGUGGAACCACUCAGAGCCAUUCUUCGUGAAGCUGGAAACAGAAAUCUAACAGCCAAACUCUCAUGGACCAUUGAAGCAGACGCAUCAUUGCUCUCAAACAAACCCUUGCUCAAGCUGAGGCUCUCUCUUGCCGGACUCACCCUGCCUUUCAUACUGGAUGUUUCUGAACAGGACGGAUAUGUACAUUCCAUCCUUUAUCAGAAACAAAAGGGGGAGAGGAAGGUACUUCACUACUUCAGCGCAAAAUUGGACAACAUUGAAUGCGGACAAACUGACUGUGCAAGACACAUUGCUGCUCUGUCCAGAGCCAUUGMGAAGACCGCCCACAUUGUCAUGAGACACCCUUUGGAAAUAAACACAGACCACGGAGUAACAGCUUUUAUUGGUUCUAAGCUGUUCACUCUGUCCAGCAAAAGAAAAUCUACAAUAACCAAAACCAUUACAGCCAAACACAUCACCUACGUCACACAGACGACCAACAUGACUGAUGGAAUGGGGAAUGGACAGCCACACAGGUGUGAGGAUCGUGCGGCCCUCCAGGUUAAAGUAAGGAUGGACCUACAGAAUACACCCCUUGACGGUCCAGUGGAAACACUGUUCACAGAUGGCAGCUGUUACAGGUCCCUGACUCCAGGAGAAGGGAACAUUGCCUCAUAUGCCGUAGUAAGACAGGACACAGGUGGCAUGAGCCACGAGGUACUAGAAGCAAAGAAGCUGGAGCCAAAGGACGCCUCCGCCCAACUYGCUGAACUCCGAGGACUGAGGAGAGCACUGGAAUUGUGUACAGGAAAAGUGGCCAACAUAUACACAGACUCAGCAUAUGCACAUGGCAUUGCACACAUAGAUGGGCCCCAAUGGAUGAGAAGAGGAUUUUUAACCAGCUCGAAUGAACCCAUCAAACACAGACAGGAAGUUCAGAAAUUAAUUGAAGCCAUAAUGCUGCCUACAAAAGUGGCCAUUAUCAAAUGCAAGGGACACAGCCGAGAAAACACCAAYGUAAGGGAGGGAAAUGACCAAGCGGACCAAGCCGCAAAAACAGCAGGGGGAUACGUGGCACAUCAAAUGAUACAAAGAAACGGGGAACCRCAAGAAGAACUAACCAUGGACAURGUACGACAGUUACAGGACGCGGCUGGUGGAUAUGAACAAAACACAUGGAACAGAUGUGGGGCACGAAGAGACCACCAAGGGAUUUGGAGGUCUCAUGAAGGAAAAACAGUAGCUCCAGCAAAACUGCUAAGAUCCUUGAUAAGAGAAGAACACAACAAAGCCCAUGGAGGCUGGAAGAGUGUGGCACAGAGAUUGGGGACUGCCUGGUCACACCCUCACCUACUGGACAUGGCAAGGGAAGUCUCGGAGAGUUGCGAAGUGUGCAAGAACUACAACAACAAGGUAUCUUUGGGAGCAGUAAUAGGGAGCUUCCCAAUUCCUGACGCACCCUUCCAAGACGUAUGCAUUGAUUUCACAGACAUGGGCAUGGACAAUCGAGUGGAAGGGAAAAGAUACCUCCUGGUAAUGGUGGACAGGUUUACCAGGUGGGUCGAGGCCAUACCUACUGCAAAGGAGGAUGGGAAGACUGUGGUCAAAUGGCUGAGAAGAGAGUUGGUGCCUAGAUUCGGGGUUCCUAGGCUUAUCCGAUCCGACAAUGGCUCCCACUUCCGGAACGAACUACUAAAAGAAGUGGAACAGGCCUUGGGCAUAACCCAUAAGUUCGGUUCUGUGUACCGCCCCCAAUCGCAGGGCCUUGUGGAACGCGCCAAUCAGACGCUGAAACGAAAGAUGGCAAAGAUAAUGGCUGGAACAAAACUGAAAUGGGUGGAUGCACUACCCUUGGCCCUCAUGUCCAUGAGAACCUCUCCAGGGUCUGACACAAACCUCACACCACAUGAGUUAAUGACAGGCAGAAGAAUGCCAGGGCCUCCAAAUGACAAUCUUAGUUUGCCAGGGCUGGACAUUGCUAAAAUUAGAUACUCAGAUUACAUGCAGGCUCUAACUUCUCUUGUCCAAAGACUGUCCAAACAGGUGGUGGAGGUGCGGACCKCUGGGGUUGAGACCACAGACGAAAACAGAGACGUGCAGGUGGGGAGCUGGGUGAGGGUGAAGGUGCACUCCAGAAAGUGGACUGAGCCCAGGUGGAAGGGUCCCUACCAAGUCAAAGAAGUGGCAAGUCAUUDGUUAAGGGUAAGCGGAAAACAAGGGGAUACCUGGUAUCACCGAACCCAUUGUGCAAAAGACUCCACACCAGAGCGUACACUUGAACAAGUGGCAACUGAUCUGGCUGAAAGCCAAUAGACAAAAGAUGAAAGGAGGGGGGAUGUUCUUAUUUUUCAUAUUGGGUGUUCAGGGGGUUACAUCCUACCUUGUUGGCCCCCAUACCCCAAAACACACCACUAUACGAUUGAUAGAAGGCCAAACCAGUGUGUUAAUACUAGAGGCAUGUACUAUUUUUACGGUGGGAGGGAGAAACAAGGAUGUGUGCACCCCGCACAACAGGUGUGGGGAUACCAACUAUUAUGUAAGAAGUGACUAUGUGACAAGACUAAUAAAGUCCUACRGAGGUAUCCCCGCAUAUCUAUGCAGUGGAAAAGGGUGUCCCUAUUGGGAUUUUAUGGUAACAAAUACUGYAAAAUUUUGGAAUUGGAGGAGGGGAUACCCAUAUAGKAUUGGCGACCCGACCAAAGUAGAUAGGUUCUCCCUUGCAUGGGGAGCUAGGAAUUUGUGUAAAGGUGAUGAAAUCCUACUAACCAUUAGAUCUAUUAAGCUCUCUGAUGCAGGCACUUACACCCUGGGGUUGGAGAGGAUUGGGAUGGAUACAUUGGGUACACUUACCAUUGUGGUAUCUACAAAACCCGCUCUCCAGACCCGGAAUUCCACGGGACCAUCGACCUCCUCCACCACGGUGACCCCCACUGCCUCCUCUGACCUCAACCCAGUUCAGGUAAUCAACAUACAAGACAUCUCAGACAGUGAUCAAUUGGCUACUGAAACAGGGUAUGAGGGGAGGGACAACAUGUGGCUGGCAUAUAUGAGAUACACAGCACGAUCCCUAGCCAAGCAAAACUGUGUCAUCUGUGGACAUGCACGACCUGUACUGGCUACCCAUCCUUUUGCACUUUAUUCUGGUGAAGGAUGGGAGUGCYUACUAGAAAGYUUCUAUACCAAAAACACAACCUCCACCCUUUGUAAGACUCUGUCUCUAGUGUUCCCUACUGGUCCACCUAGGAAGGCCCCAAUGGGUGUAAAAGCAUACGGGGGAAAUUAUAGUUGUYUCUCUAGUAUGGGGGAUGGGGUAAACUAUGGACAUCUGCCCAGCAGCYACUGUGGACAGACUCAGAACACAAAUGGUACUUGGCCAGGUAUGGGACUUUAUCAGACACUCGGGGUGGCAGAUGUAUGGUGGAUUUGUGGCCCUAAAAGAUUUUUGACCCCCACCUUAAAGGGUAAUUGGAGUGGUACCUGUGCAUUGACUAGCAUUAUAGUUCCCCUUACUAUUAUUGAAGUUACGGCAGAGCAGUUAAUGGGGGAAAAAAGGACAGCUGUGCCUAACACUCUGUCRAGACAAAGACGUAAUGCACCAUGGGAUGAGAUUAAUAUACAUACCAACAUGCUAGGAGUACCACUUGGGGUGCCCCAUGAGUUUCAGGCUAUUGGACGAAACGAUGGACUAUGGCAUCUCCUCCCUAUUAUAGGCCCUGCUAUAGUGGAUGCUAAGCAAACGGCAUGGAUAAAUUACAUCUAUUAUAACCAACAACGAUUUGUUAAUUACACUCGUGUUGCUUUGACUGGACUGGCUGAACAACUAGAGGCCACAUCACAGACAGCGAGGCAAAAUAGAUUGGCAUUGGAUAUGCUGUUGGCAAGUCAAGGGGGUGUCUGUAAGAUGUUCGGGGAACAGUGUUGUACUUUUAUCCCAAAUGACACUAGUCCAGAUGGGAGCAUUACCAAGGCUUUGACAGGGUUGCAAAGACUCUCUGUGGAGAUGAGGGGUUUCGCUGGAGUGGAGGAGGGAGGUCUGUUCCCGUGGUUCACUGGUCUGUUUGGUAAGUAUACUGCCAUGUUGGUUACUGGAUUUCUGACCCUAGUAGUCGUGUUCCUUUUACUACUGUGUUGCGCUGCUUGCAUUUUACCUUGUGCCAAGAAAUCUAUUGCAGAUGCUGCUAAGGCCUCUGGCAUGAUGCCCCUGCUUGCAGCUAGUGGGAAGGAUGCAGAGACCAAUGAACAGAUGGGGUUGACUGAGGGUGACCCAUGGUUUGCUGUAAAAGAGGUUUAUGAAUAAUACUUUUCUCCCUAAGAAGGUUAUAAGUUCCUGGGUGGUAACGAGCCCACCUAGUAUAUGGUAAAGGGAUGGAAUUUUUAAUGGUUGUGACACCUUGCAGGUGUCAAACGGGGGAAUCAAAAAUAAAAUUGUCAAUCAAAAAUGUUUAACAAAUUGUUUAUGUUGACACCUAUAGGUGUCAAACGGGGGAUUGUGGGGGUUUUAUAAGGUUUUUGACAUGCUUAACUAACUAUUCUUAUGCAUUAAAGUUUGAAUUGCUGA